CGUGUUAGUCGGAAGAAGUAGCGACGGAGAGGCUGAUCACGAGCCAAGAAGUGGUGUGGUAGCCCCGAAGAGAUAUCUCGUGCCAUCUGUUGCGAAAGAAAUCUAAGUAAUGCGUUUAUCAGCGAACAGGGCGAAGAUUCGUCUGUCGGGUUCAAAGUAAGCUGAGAAGCCGACUCGAGGCCCCGUCAAGCCCUUGUGACCUUUCGUAGUUUGUGGUGACCUUCAAGCGAGCUUGGCCGUGGAACUCAGUGGAACUUACUCGCUCCGUCCAGGCUAGCGAAACAUUAUUUCCAGCAAAUAUUGAAGAGGAGCCAGCAAAAUGUCAAGGGAACGAGCAUCAAGAAGAUUUUAUCGUGUAGAUAGCAGUAAUGACUUGCUUGAAUUUAUGGAUCGUGGAUAUACUGCACAACAUGAGAAUCGAUGGAAUUUUGAAGUUGCAUGGGAGGCAGCUAACAAAGUUGGUGGUAUAUAUACAGUCAUACGUUCCAAGGCCUUUGUCUCAACAGAGGAAAUGGGAGAUCAAUAUUGUCUAAUAGGUCCCUAUAAAGAAACCUGUGCUAGAACAGAAGUUGAGGAAGCAGACUUCCCACGUAAUAGUCCAUUGCAUUUGGCUGUUCAAGUUCUACGCGAUCAAGGAUUCAAAGUGGUAACAGGGACCUGGCUAGUGGACGGAAAUCCGCAAAUAAUUCUUUUCGACAUUGGAAGCGCAGCCUGGAAGUUAGACGAGUAUAAACAGGAACUAUGGAACACCUGCAACCUUGGUAUUCCGCAUCUCGAUAUAGAGGCUAACGACGCAGUUAUUCUCGGUUAUCUCGUCUGUCAAUUUAUUUCUGAAUUCAGAAAAGCCGCUGAGGGGUACUCUGACGUACCACCUCGUGUAGUUGUCCAUUGCCACGAAUGGCAAGCUGGUGUGGGCUUGAUCGCUUUGAGGACCAGGCACGUAGACGUGGCCACAGUUUUCACUACGCAUGCUACUCUUCUCGGCAGAUAUCUUUGCGCGGGAAAGACUGACUUUUAUAAUAAUUUAGAUCAGUUCAAUGUCGACGAGGAGGCCGGAAAACGACAAAUUUACCAUAGAUAUUGUAUGGAACGAGCAGCUUCGCAUCUAGCGCACGUGUUUACAACCGUAUCAGAUAUAACUGGCUUCGAGGCCGAACAUUUAUUGAAACGAAAGCCUGAUAUAAUUACUCCCAACGGACUGAAUGUAAAGAAAUUUGCCGCGCUGCACGAAUUCCAAAACUUGCACGCUAUUAGCAAAGAAAAAAUACAUGAAUUUGUUAGGGGUCACUUCUAUGGUCAUUAUGACUUCAAUCUGGAUAAAACUUUGUAUUUCUUCAUUGCUGGACGUUACGAGUUUGGCAACAAGGGCGCUGACAUAUUCAUCGAAGCUUUGGCUCGAUUAAAUCAUUAUUUAAAAACGUCCAGACCCGAUAUGACGGUAGUUGCUUUCCUUAUUUUCCCAGCAAGAACCAAUAACUUUAACGUGGAGUCGUUACGAGGUCACGCUGUCACUAAAUCCCUAAGAGAUACUAUCAGCGAUAUACAACAAAAGAUUGGAAAACGUAUGUACGAACUGUGCCUGUCUGGUCGUAUGCCUGACGCUCAAGACCUCUUACAGAAAGAAGACACUAUCAAAAUAAAACGGUGUUUAUAUGCUUUGCAAAGAAAUGGUUUGCCACCAGUUACCACGCACAAUGUUGUAGAUGAUUGGAAUGAUCCGGUACUGAAUGCUAUCAGAAGAUGCAAUAUGUUUAAUACUAUUAACGAUCGAGUUAAGAUAGUAUUUCAUCCAGAAUUUCUCUCAUCCACAAAUCCAUUAUUCGGUCUGGAUUACGAAGAGUUUGUCAGAGGAUGUCAUUUAGGAGUGUUCCCGUCCUAUUACGAACCUUGGGGCUACACACCUGCAGAAUGUACUGUUAUGGGUAUCCCCAGCAUCACCACCAAUCUGUCCGGUUUCGGUUGCUUCAUGCAAGAGCACAUAGCCGAUCCAAUGAGUUACGGUAUUUACAUCGUUGAUAGGCGAUUCAUUGGUCUAGAAAAUACUGUCCAACAACUGGCGCAGUACAUGUUCGAUUUUGCUCGACUUAGUCGUCGACAGCGCAUCAUUCAAAGAAACCGUACGGAACGUCUUAGCGAUCUUCUCGACUGGAGAAAUCUUGGCAUUUAUUAUCGCCAAGCCAGAAUAAAGGCUUUAAUGACCGUCUAUCCAGAAUUGGCGUCAGAAUACGCCGAGGGUGGAGUAGGUCGUUUCAGUUAUCCCAGACCAAUCAGUGAACCACCAUCGCCUUCUUCGUCAAGACACACUACUCCGGCUGCUUCGGUUCACGGAUCCGAUGACGAAGACGAAGACGAAGUUGACGAAGAAAAAGAGCUAGAGGAACUCCGCCAAUCGAACGGCAGAUAAAAGGUGUUAAACACAUUGAAGAACUGGAGUACGACGAAUAAUUUAUGUAUGCUAGAUGAGUGCGUGGAGACUUUGCAACAGUAGUGCCAAAAAUCUCAGCAAUGUGGUCCUCCGUGAAGAGUUAACCAACAGCUUAUUCAUCACAUUUUUUAUUGUAUCAGUAGCACAUCGUAUUAUUCUCAGUUAGUUCCACACCAUGCAUCGAUCAUGACAAACGACAGUAUAUAGAACAGUAUUUACACGACACAGAAAAUUAUUACGAACAACAGUCUUCCACGAAUGAAACUUGCGCGUAUAAAUGUUCCAUGAAUCAAGUGAUGUUGUAUGUUGAAAACUAUAUUUCAUGUUAUGCAUAUACAUAUAUGUAGUGAGCGGAAUGUGUUCCUAUUGCAUAGAGAACGGUUAUAUUUUUAUGAAAAUUAGCCCGCGAAUGAGAAUUUCGUAACAUUUUUAGUUAUCGAAUCACUUUGAUGAUGCGUUG